GAGGAAACUAAGGAGGAAUGUAUUCUUACGUGCUGUUUGUUAUAAAAUCACCAGGUUAUUUCCUGGGCUAAAGUUUAGUCAUGCUGUCCAAUUUUUGCAAUAAUGGAUGAUUCUAAUGAAAAGGAACUUCUGCAUCUGACAUUGUCUAGUUCCCAGUCAAUUGUGUCUUAGAGUUUAAAGAAACAAACGGAACCAGUGUUAAACCAAACCGUGAGAUUAUCACAAUACGUCAUAAAUAACAGUUGAGGGAAAUGUACUGUCUACGCUUGUAUCCAAUGUCGCCUUUACAGAAAGACAAGCAAAUACGCUACUAGUAGAAUGUUUGGAUUAGAACUGCAUUCACACUACAGUUUUUAGAAAAUCGAAAAAUAGAUAUAACGAUUAAUUGACUGUGAAUAUCAUUUUGUGGUAUGCGUGUGAAAAACAAACUUGAUGAAAAGAUAUGUCAGCAGCGACCCAAAUUUGGGAGAAGAUGAUAUCGAAUAUCAAAGGGGGUUACCCUAACGCCUCCCUUUACACCUAUGAGGAAGUUGUGUUGACAAGCAAACGCUGUUUGUGGCACGUCAACAGACGUAUUUAGUCGUCAAAAGACACAGAAAUUUCCUUGAAGUCUGCUAGUGGUUUCCGUGUGGGAUUUAUAACCUAUAGUAGACAACGUUAGGUGCAAACUCACUCCACUCUCUCAGCACGCCCACUCACUCAACAAUGCACCACCUUCUGAAGAUAUUUGCAGGCGUGACACUGUUGUUUGCCAGUUGCUAUGCAGGACGGAAAGCCUACAACAUAGCUGUUUUAGAGAGCGCUGAACCAGGUCACGUGAUCGUAUGUCUGAGAGGAGGGACUGACAAACAACCAUAUCGCAUAUCGAGCGGAAACAAGGACGACCGGUUCGCCAUUGACCAUGACAGCGGAAAUCUGUACGUGAAGAGGUACCUCAACUUUGACAUUGACUCGCACUAUGGUGUCAUAGUGACCAACGAUCACACCGGGGUCGAACUUCGAAUGCAAAUAUCCGUGAUAGAUGACCCGUCAUACCCUCCCACCUUCAACCCAGCCUGUUACAUGCCACCGCGGGCAAGGAACGACUCAAGUUUGUGGCCAUUUAUGGUGCGAGUUAGCUCCAUAUUUGGUUACAGACUUCUGUACAGCGACGGCCACGCACAAGGCAAGCGGUCAUCUGCGUCCCUCAAUAACGACCAGUGUCAGGCGAAAGUUUUUUCCGUCAUGAGGGAUAAGUUCCUGACCACGCAGAUACCUCCGGGCACGACGCCAGUUUUCCACUUUUCGUGCACGAAUGUCAAAAACCCAGCAAGAGGCGCCCUGACCGCGACCCCCUACUGGAAUGCAUCGUACGACCGCCCGCAAGAUGGCGCCAUUGACCCGCAGUGGUUUGCCUAUCCCCCAAAGUCAAACUACAGCGACCGAAGGCACGUCCUUUUUGAAGUGGACAUGACGGACCUCAUGACGGAGGACCCUCCAGUGUUGGACUGUACACUGGAGUUUGAAACGGCUACGGGAUUCUCGGUCAAAUUUCAAGGGAAGCUCGCCUUCGAUCCCAUCGGUUGUCCGGAUGGUUACUACGGAGGGUCAUGUAGAAACGUCUGCGUGUGUCAAAAUGGCGGCAGUUGUCAUCCUUUCAACGGGGCCUGCAAGUGCCCGGAUGGAUGGAAGGGGCGAGCAUGCGACAUCAAGGAUCCAAAGAUUGUCAUCUCUGCAGACAAUAAUGACGUCAUGCCAGGUCAGACGGUACAGAUCAGCUGUGCCGUCCUCAACAUCGAUCCCAGCAGCACCUUCGCGUGGGCGCGGAACGGUAAACAGCUGUUGCCUAGCGACGGGAUGAAGAUCAUGAUGUCACGAGGCUUCGACGUCGUUAUGAAGAGAACUUUCGUGAACUCGACCAUCAUCGCAAACAUCUCCACUUUGGACGAUUCCGGAGAGUACGCAUGCGCAUACGUCACCAGUAGUGGGAAGUUGUACCGUGAGUCCGCUCAGGUUGCACUCGAAGGAAUCUUCAGUCCAGAUUGCGUCAGCUGUUUCUUACAAGAACGUCCCUACAGCGGAGAAACCAUUGCUUUGUACAUCAUGAGCGCUCUGGCGCUCAGCCUCAUCGUUGCCAUGGCUACCAUGUGUGAGAUUAGUCGGCGCAAGCGCAAAGACGGCAAGGCAGUCCCCACAGCGGGCCGUUCCAGGAGUGUCCCGGAUGUGAAGAAACGCAGCGUGCAGUUCGUUCACCUGACCGCUAGGGGAGCUGUUGAGAAUGAAUACGUUUAGCUUGGCUGGCACUUCAUGUGCGCGCAGCAUUAUACGGAUCGUAACAAACUUGAGUUUUCAUAGUAUUUGAGGGGCUUUAUAUAUCCAACCCUUAUCAUAUUAGUUCAAGUGCCUUUAUAUAGUUACUGUAAAUGCAGAAACUUUCGCGGUAGUUUAAUGUUCGCGGUUUUCGCGGUGGCUGCUUCACCGCGAAUUUAAGACCACCGUAAACAUUUUUCCGAGGCAGUAAGAGACUACAGUGCAUGGUGCUACCGCGAACUUAAAGCCACCGCGAAAUGUCCUUUUCCCGUUACUGGGAAAUUAGAUCCCCGCGAACUUUAAUGCAGUUACAGUAUUCAAUUUAUAAAAUGGUAGAUAGCAUGUAACACGUGUGCCGAAAGUACGUAUCAAGUUAAGGUAGAUACAUAAAUAUU